AUGUCCGAUUCAAGACAAUUGACGGUUACGAUUUGUGGAAUUAACGAAGACGCUGAAGAAUACGUUCUGAAUCACGUUCGCACGGUCAAAAGGUUGAUGUUGCCUUCGCAGUCAAUAACGAAGAAAUGGCUCGCGCAGUAUUCUCAUUUCGACGACAUUCCAAUAUCAACGUACGAAAAUGUGACUCCUCAAAUGAUCAUCGGCCUGGAAUACUCGAAGCCGACAACAAGAGCCUACAUCAAUUGGUCGGAUUUCUUUUCAAUCGAAAAUCUCGGCGUAAAAAUCCCGGAAAAAGUUCUGGAAUCGAAAGACGUUGCUCGAGCUAAUCACAUACUGGAAACGACAAUAAAGAAGAAUGGCAAUCAUUAUGAAGUUGGUUUGCUGUGGAAGACGGACGACAUCGAACUACCGAACAGUUAUUUCAUGGCAAAACGUCGUUUGGAAUGUGUUGAAUCCAAAAUGAAAAAGGAUCCGGUUUUGGCCCAAAGGAUGAGAGCAUAUAUACAAGACUUCAUCGAAAAAGGCUACAUUAGGAAGCUGACCGAAAAAGAACGUAAUUUGAAAGGACCACGAACUUGGUAUCUACCGAUAUUUCCAGUGUUCAACCCGAAAAAACCAGAGAAAUUACGAGUUGUGUGGGACGGUGCGGCCAAAGUGGAUGGUGUAUCACUUAAUUCAGUUCUACUUACCGGUCCUGAUUUGUUAGAACCACUACCGGAUGUACUUCGUCGCUUCCGAGAGAAGAAAAUCGCUUACAUUGGUGAUUUAAAGGAAAUGUUCCACCAAAUUGAAGUCGCCGAACCGGAUCAAGAUUCCCAACGAUUUCUGUGGCAUGACGAUCCCGAAAACUUGGAACAAGAUCCAGACGAAUACAUUUUAACGGUCGAUUCAUUUGGUUUGCGAUGUUCACCAUCAACUGCUCAGUUUGUGAAGAAUCGUAAUGCAGAAAAUUUCAAAGACAAAUAUCCAGAUGCCACUAAAGCGAUCGUCAAAGGACAUUACGUGGACGAUAUGUUGGAAAAUUCUCAUACAAUUGCUGAAGCUGCAAAGUUGUUGCAAGACGUUCAAUUCCUUGUUAAUGCGAAUACUGAAUGCGGGAACAAGUCAUUGGAAAAGGAUCCGAAAGAAAUCGAAAGAGUUCUGGGAAUGUAUUGGAACACAAAGAAUGACACGUUUACGUACUCUCUGAAAUUAUACUUCAAGAAUUGGCGUACUCGACUUGGAUGGGACGAUGAAAUACCGACAUCAAUGAAGGAAAAGUGGAUCGAAUGGUUACAACAAUUACCAAUGGUUGAAGAAGUUCACGUUCCACGUCUAUUCGAAUCGAAUGUCACCGCAUCCAGCGAAAUCAAUUCAACUUCAUAUGUUCGUAGACGCUGGCAUGGAAGCUUAUGCAGCUGUAGCGUAUUUCGUGUGGAAGACGAUUACGGUAUCGACACUUGUAUUGUUGGAGCAAAAUCCAGAGUGGCUCCAAUCAAGCCAAUGUCUGUUCCAAGAUUGGAAUUGCAAGAGCUCACUCUUGCCGAAUCGCUUAUAUAUCGACAAGUUCAGUACGACAGUUUCCAAGAUGAAUUGGUGAUCAUACGACACAACGCAACAGCACCAAUCGACAAACAGAAGGAAUUCGAGAAAAGCA